CAUCGUUAAUGAAGAAAAUAAGCUCAUAGAUUUAAUCUCUUAUCAAUAGAAAUAGCUUCUAAGAACCUUCAUUAAGCAGUGAUAUAAAAUCUUCAAGAAGCAAUCCAAAAACUGCAAAGACAGAAAGACCUUAAUCUAAAAAUAAAUAGAAUGACUUAUUAGAUUAUCUAAAAAAAGAAAGAAAUACAAUAACAUAAAUGGUUAAUUCUGUAAAGAAUACUUUACAAGGAAGUAAAAGCAUAGAUAAUUUAUAAACGUAAAGUUAAAAAAGUGAGCAUUUUAAGAACGGACAACUAAAUGUAAAUAUUAUCAUGAAAAUUCUAGCAUGUAGAUUUGAAUGUAUAAACUGUUGAUGGAAAUAAUACAAAAAGGUAAAUACUCAAAUAAAAAAAUUUAUCACUUGCUAUAAUAUCAUUAGAAGUAUUCUUAAUGAGUUUAUUCUUUAUAGAAUCAACUUUUCAAAUAGUUGUAAACUACUAAAUAAUCUUACAAUCAAUCCCCUUAAAAUUAAAUAAAAUCACCGAUAAUAAAAUAAAAAAAUUAAUAUUUAUUUGAUAUGCAAAUAGUAUAACUAUUGAAAUAAUAUAAUGUAGUUAAAAAACAUGAAAAGUUCCUAAGAUGAUAAUUUAAAGAAUUCUUAAAUAAAAUAAAAUAAAUAGUCGAUACUAUCUGAUGAUCCAUCAUAUCAUAGAUAAUCAAUAGAGGAUAUUCUUUAUAAUAAGAAAUAGUUUAAGUAAGUAGAAACAUCAAAACCAUAAUAAUAUCAGAAAUAAUCUGAGAAUGAAACAAAAUCGAUUAAUUAAAUUCAUUUUAAAACUGAAGCAUGUUCAUCAUAUAUUCCAUAAAAAUAAUAAAAUUUAGAAGAGCCUCUAAAUUAUGAUUAGGAAUAAUAAUUAAAGAUUAUAUUAUAUUAUAAAUAAUAGAAGUAAUUAUUCUUAGUUAUUUAGAUAUCAUUAUUUAUUUAAGUACUAAAAUAAAACAACAGAUGAUCUUUUUAAUUAUUUGAUACAAUAAAUAGGUGGUAUUGAGAAAUAAUUUACUAAACUUGGAGGAGGAACAGGUUCAACGGAUGGAGAUUCUAUUUAAUUAGGUAUUAAUUAAAUUAAUUAAAGAAUUAAAUAAAAUAAGUUAAUUUCAAACAGUAUCAAAAAAUAUACCAUACGAUUAUUAUCUAACAUUAAAUAAUUUGACUAUGUAAGUGUUUAAAGGAAUAACACUGUAGAUUUAACCUUAUUAUUCUUAAUCAAUAUAAACAAAAAGAGUUGGGUUGAAAGAUUUUACAUUAAUAAAAUGUAUAGGUGUAGGAGGAUUUUCAAGAGUAUACAUGGUAAGAAAGAAAGAUAAUGGAAAGUUUUAUGCAUUGAAACUUAUAGAUAAGAAAUUCAUAUUUGAAAAUUCAAAAGAAAUAAUAGUAUAGAAUGAAAGAGAUAUUAUGACUAAAAUGAAUAAUCAAUUUAUUACACCAUUACAUUAUUCAUUUGAAACAAAAUAUUAUAUUGCUUUUGUUUUAGAAUAUUGUGCUGGAGGAGAACUAUUUUAUCAUUUAAGAAAACUUAAGAGAUUAAGUGAGUAAGAUGCAAAAAUAUAUUUUGCAGAAAUAUGUUUAGGAAUGGCUUAUUUACAUUCAUAAAAUAUAGUUUAUAGAGAUAUUAAGCCUGAGAAUAUUUUAUUAGAUUUAUAAGGUCAUUUAUUAUUAAGUGAUUUUGGAUUAUCAAAGCCUGAAAUGACACCAGAUGAUUUUGCUUAUUCAUUUUGUGGAUCACCAGAAUACAUGGCUCCAGAAAUGCUUAUGAAAACAGGACAUAAUUAUCUAGUUGAUUGCUAUUGUUUAGGCGCAUUACUUUAUGAAUUAGUAACUGGAUUACCUCCAUUCUAUUCACAUAACACUUAAGAUAUUUAUAAUUCAAUUUUAACUGAAUAAAUAUAAUUCCCAGGUUAUAUUCACAUUUCUUCUCUUUUGAAAGAUUUGAUAUAAUCAUUAUUAUAAAAAAAUCCAGAAGAUAGACUUGGAAAUUAAAAUGGAAUUAUUGAAAUCUUACAUCAUAAAUGGUUUUAGGAUAUAGAUUUUAAUGCAAUUUUAAAUAAAAAGAUUACGCCUCCUUAUAAGCCCUAUCCUUUAAAAUAUAAUUUUGAUGAAGAAGAAUUUAAUAAAGGAGAUGCUGAAUUUAGAAAAUAAUUUCAAAUUAAUUUAUAAAAAGAAUUCUAAGUAUUAAUGAAAAUUAUUCUAAGAAUGUUGACACUGCAAACUAUUUAUUAGAUGAUUUCUAUUAUUCAAGAGAUAGUAUCUAUGGAUAAGAAAAAUCAUCAAGAUCUAAUGAAGUCAAUUUGAACCAGUUAUAAAAUUAAGCCCUUAUUUCAGAACCAUUUUCUAUAAAUCAGUCAAAGAUUCAAUCACCUUAGCCAGAUUAAAAUGAAUAAUAAUUUUUAUAGUCUUCGCAAGAGUUUAAACGUAUUAUUGGAACAAAGGGUAAAAGUGAAGUUUACUAAAACCCAUUAAAAAUAGAUAAUAUGGUUAAAUCAUCCUAACUCUUACAUUAAAAUACUAAAUUAGGUCAUAAUUAUUCAAAAACGAUGUAGUAGGCCUAAUCUUCACUUUAAGACUUUAAAGUAAUUGUUAUUUAUAUUUUUAGUAAAUUAAAUUAUUAAUUGAUUAAUCAAAAGCUUUAAAAAGCUCAGAUCGAAUAACUACUAUGCCUGAUUAAAAUAAAAAAAAUAUAAUAGAUAGAGUAAAAACAGAGUAAUUUGGAAAUUUAGCAUCUCCAAAAACAACUACUGGUAGUUCUGUACAUAAAAUGAGUAAUUUUUAAGCAUUAUUUGGAUCUGAAAAAUAAUAGAAAACAUUUUUCUGA